AGGCGCCCCGACUCGGGCGCCCGCCGGCCGGCCUCUUCCUCCUCCUCUUCCAGGCCUGGGCGCUGACGUGCUCUUCGCUGGCUAGGACUUAGCGAGACGUGCGGCUGCUCAGCUGGCUGGCCAUGGAGGCAGAGGAGCUGCCGCGCGCUGCGCCGCACGAAGAAUGCCAGGCAGCGGGGAGGCGGCGGCGGUUGGCGCCCGUCACCAAACCGUUGACCGUCUCCCUUCUGGUGCUGCUCCUGCUGGCGGCGACCAUGACCGAGGAGGCCGGGACCGCCGAGGCGGCCCAGGGUGCGGGCGACGAGAAGUGCCAUUACUACGCGGGGGGCGAAGUGUAUCCGGGCGAGGCAUCGAGGGUGCCCGUCAGAGACCACUCGUUGCACCUCAGCAAGACCAAGAUUUCUAAACCAGCUCCUGAUUGGGAAGGAACAGCGGUCAUCAAUGGAGAGUUUAAAGAGCUGAAACUAACAGAUUAUGAUGGGAAAUAUGUUGUUUUCUUCUUUUAUCCUCUUGACUUCACAUUUGUGUGUCCAACAGAGAUAAUUGCCUUUAGUGACAGAAUUGAAGAAUUCAAAGCAAUUGGUGCUGAAGUAGUAGCUUGUUCUGUAGAUUCACAGUUCACUCAUUUAGCAUGGAUUAAUACACCACGAAAACAAGGAGGACUUGGACCAGUGAAGAUACCACUACUUUCAGAUUUGACACAUCAGAUUUCAAAGGAUUAUGGAGUUUAUCUAGAGGACCAAGGACAUGCUCUUAGAGGCCUCUUCAUUAUUGAUGACAAGAAAAUUCUGAGACAGAUAACAAUGAAUGAUCUUCCUGUCGGUAGAUCUGUAGAUGAAACUCUUCGUCUAGUACAAGCAUUCCAGUAUACUGACAAACAUGGAGAAGUUUGCCCAGCUGGCUGGAAACCAGGCAGUGAAACAAUCAUUCCAGAUCCUGCAGGAAAAUUGAAGUAUUUUGGUAAAGUGAACUGACUCGUUUCUUCUAGAUACACAACUGACAAUUGAGAAGUUACCAAUAAAGUUGCAUUGCUUUUGAUAAUUGUU